UCCGGUCGUACAGAACCAAAUAAUUCUCCAUCCUAUGCGUACGUCACCGACUGAACGAGUUCUUAAACUUGAGAUAUUUGCAGUUAAAAAAUUCGUCAAGAGAUUGUUUUACUUGUACUAUGCGCCGAGUAGCAACUAAAUGACCUGAGGAAAGCAGAUCUGAAGCUGAUGUUCAUAUAUCUGGGCUGAAAUAAGCGAUAUUUCGUCAACAAGUUAACUGGCAAACCGGUCUCGUAUUUGUGUGAGCGGUUUAAGUCUUGCAAGAGUGCAGUCGGCUUCACAGGGCGACAUUUUACGACAUUUGCCACUUUUAAUCGUUUUUCCCUUUGGACUGUUGCUUGACGCCCAGAAGUCCAAUCCAAACAAGUCAACCACUUCUGUGUUUUGGUAGGUUGUCAAGACAUAUAUAUUUCUUUCACGUCGAAAAUUUGAAAUAUUGCGUAUGACGCACAUUACACCGGAUGCGUGAAGCCACUUCUGUCGUUUGGACCAACACAGUUAUGGAAAAUCACUUGGAAAUUCGCAGAUGUGACCGCAUCGUGUUCAUCAGAGGCGAACUGACUGAAUAAGCAGAUAUGACCGAGUUAUAGCAUCAAAGAGAGAUUACCAUGUGUCUUAAAUAACCGCAUCAAUGGAAGAAAACACGGAAACACACGAACAACGCACAAGCGAUGUUCCAAAAAAUGGGAACGUCGAACACAGCGCUGAAUUUGAAACUCUUUCGUGUUUUUUUAUCUCCAAAGACAAUAAAGCCCGGCGAUGGAUGAUUCAGCUCAUAAAAUGGCCAUGGUUCGAGCGUAUAAGCAUGUUUGUUAUAUUCAUCAACUGCGUCACAUUAGCGAUGUAUAAUCCGCUGGAUAAGGAUUGCAGAUCUACUCGGUGCCAAGUUCUGGAAAAAGUGGAAAUCGUGAUAUUUUCUUUCUUUUCGGCUGAGAUGAUAAUAAAGAUGAUAGCGAUGGGUGUUACUGGCAAGAAAGGUUACUUGCAGGACAAAUGGAAUCGCCUGGACUGCUUCAUUGUGAUCAUUGGGGUGAUCGAGAAAGCCGUCCGAGUCAAUGGGAAUUAUCUCACAAUUAUUCGAGCCUUUAGAGUUCUAAGACCUCUUCGAGCUAUCAACAAAGUUCCAAGUAUCCGGAUCUUGGUGACUCUCCUUCUUGAUACCCUUCCAAUGCUGGGAAAUGUUCUCCUGUUGUCCUUUCUAAUAUUUUUUGUGUUCGGGAUCAUUGGAGUGCAGUUAUGGCAGGGAAAACUGAGAAACAGAUGCUUCACUGAAUUGCCUGAGAAUUCAACUUUUUUUACGAGAUUUAACCAGUCGCAAUUUUACCAACCAUCGUUCAGUAAUCCAGAUUUCGUCUGCGCCACUCCAGGAGAUGACGGAACCCGUUUGUGUUCUGAUAUACCAAAAGAAGAAAGUGUGUCCACGGAAUGCCCUAAUUCGUUUGGGAACUUCUCAGCUGCGAAUAAUUCAGUCCCUUUCAACUGGAAUCAGUGUUACAGCGUCUGUAAACCGAGCGACCAAAAUCCAUUCUAUAACACAACAUCGUUUGAUAAUAUCGGUAUUGCAUGGAUCGCCAUAUUUCAGGUGAUCACUUUGGAGGGAUGGUCAGAUAUCAUGUAUUUUGUCCAAGAUGCUCACAGCUUUUGGAACUGGAUCUAUUUUGUUGUCCUCAUAGUGAUGGGCUCAUUCUUCCUUGUUAACUUGUGCCUGGUCGUGAUCACCAUGCAGUUCCAAGAAACCAAAGCACGUGAGAUAGAAUUGAUGGAAAACAGCAAAGGCGAGCUACCACUUGAGCCAACAAAGCUGCUAAAAACCUUAAUAAAGUAUAUACAAUCUUUUUGCAGUUUCAAACCGCAGGAAAAAGAAGAGGUCCAUCACCAUCAUCACCACUAUUUUCAUCAUCAUCAUUUCCACCAUCAUUUGUACAAUUGCUUUGUUCCGGCCUCUCCAGUUGUUUGCACCGAUCACGAGGCCGCGUCAGGUGAUACCAGCUUUUUCCCUUAUGGGACCAGCCUUCCAAAAAUUCAGGUUGAGGGGAGAGAAACGAUCUGUUCUCACUCUAGUGUCGAAGAAUCUCCGGUAUUCCAAGAUUUCCUUGCACCACCUUUAACUAGACAAUCUUCCAGAAGAAGUUCCAGAACCUCUAUCUGUUCGCAUACACUUUCAAUCCAUGCUGAAACGUCCUCAGCUGUUUCCAUCGAUGAAAUUGUUACACAAGCGAAGACGAGCGUAACGUUAAAUAUUCCUUCAUCACCAACAGCAACUUUCUUCGCGCUCUCGUCAGGCAACAGUGCAAGCAGGAAAAAUUCAACUCAAUCUAGAAAAAGUGAAUUUUCCGCGUCCACGCUGGUGUCAGCAGAAAUUAAUCCACAUCAUGCACGCACAAGUACACCAGAGAGUGAAGACGUUUCUUCAAAGGCAUACAAAGAAGCCACCAAAUCUUCACUUCAGCAGAAAGAUAAAGAGCUCUUUAAAUGUCGUCAGUUUAGCCAGCCUGCACAUGCCAAGUUAGCUCGCAUCCCAUCAUCCAAACGUUUGGACACCAGCGAACCUGAUUAUUACAGAGAGAAUGAAGCAAACUCGGAAAUUGUAAAAUUUGAUGCUAAGUCUUCGUUAGAAAGCGACUUAGAGAAAAGCGACGCGAACAAGGACCCACCAUCAAAGGAUUUGGUUAAGGUCGGGCAAGUCGAUGAUUGCCAAAUCGGUGAUGCAGUAAAUACAACUCUCAAAAGACCUUCAUUACAACGCCGAAAUAUUUCUGCACAGAAUGAAGAUGACAUGUUCGAAAGCCUGUUUAACUUAGGAAAAAGUGCGACUUAUGAUGUGACAGGAAACCGUAGUGCAUGGCAAAGGCUAAGAACCUUCUGUAGAAAUAUAAUCGAGAGUAAACAGUUUAAUUUUUUUAUCAUGGGCGCCAUUUUGUUGAACAUGAUUUGUAUGGGCCUUGAGCAUUACCAGCAGCCUGAAGGACUAACCCUUGCCCUAGAGACCAUAAACAUCAUUUUUGUAUCCAUUUUUGGAAUGGAAGUGGUUAUUAAGUUGCUUGGUUAUGGUGUGACCACAUAUCUUAGCGAGGGUCAGAAUGUGUUUGAUGGACUCAUCGUUAUCGUUAGUGUCUGUGAAAUCCUACUCACCAAGGAAGAUUCCUCCCUUUCGAUAUUCCGAAGUAUCCGGUUACUCCGGAUCUUCAAGCUGGUCAGACCAGUUCGAUACCAAUUGCUGGUUGUCGUCAAAACUAUGACGAGUGUAAUGACGUUUUUCGGAUUACUGUUUCUCUUCAUAUUCGCAUUUGCUAUCCUUGGGAUGAACUUGUUCGGUGGAAAGUUCAUAUUCAAGAACGCCGAGGGAAAGGAAGUAACCUCCCGAAGUAAUUUUGACAACUUUUUGUGGGCUAUGGUAUCCGUGUUUCAGAUCCUUACUCAAGAGAACUGGAAUCUCGUAAUGAAUGACGGGAUGCGUGCCACGAGCCAAUGGGCAGCCUUGUAUUUCAUCGCACUGAUGGCUAUCGGGUACUAUGUAUUAUUUAACUUACUGGUCGCUAUCCUCGUGGAAGGAUUCACAAAUCCUGGGAAAGGUAAAACUACUCCAAAGAACAAACAAGAAGUAUCAGACAACAAAGAUACACCCAAAACAGCCGUUAAAGAAGUUGAAAAGCCUCACAUUUUGAUCUCUAGUAAAGAUUCUGAGGAACCUUGCCCCGGGCAUUAUCACCAGGAACCAAUUCCAGAAUUCUGCAGUCAUGGCUUGAGAAAUGCUUUGGGGACGACAUUUCAACUGAGUUCGAACUACACACCGAGCCUCACGUUAGAAACGUUGGAGCCAUUACAGGAGAAGAGAUUCCCAACUGCUUCGCAGCCAACGGAAGCGAACAUGACCAUGCCACAAUUAAAGCGUAUGCGUCAGGCGUCAGCGUCAAUUAUACGAAAAACUGAGCAAAAAGCUCAUAGGGCGAACUGGAGUUAUGACGAACCCAACUUCUCGGCGCAUAAUAGAGGCUUCCUUAGUGAAGAUAGUGAAACCAGAGGCAAAUUAAAUCUUGAGGUCUCUGAAAGAGAGAUGAGCAACAAAGCUUGUGGUAAAACACUCGAAGAAAUUGUCUCUCCGACCAUAGCAAACAGUAUGUCGUUUCCUAAUCAAUUGGAAGGACCAACAACGUCUCGAUCUCGACCUGAGUCACCCCAGAUGAUCUUUCAAAACAAAAGCAGCGAUGAGAUGUACCAACUGCGGGAAUGUCAUCUUUCCGAAACUCAGAAGAAGAGUUCAAGGAAAGUUAUCAAGACAACAGACAAAAGAUCUGACUGGUCUCUUUUUCUAUUCUCCCCCUCAAAUAGCUUGCGCCGCACCGUAACAGCUGUGUGUGAACACAAGUAUUUUGACUACGUAGUUCUAGUUUUUAUCUUGAUAAGCUGUGUGGUCCUGGCACUAGAGGAGCCUAACAUUCCACGAGAUAGUAAGAAGCGUCAAAUAAUCGACAUCGCGAUGCUUAUAUUAACAGUCAUCUUCACCAUUGAAAUGUCAAUGAAGAUCAUAGCCCAGGGCUUUCUUCUGGGGCCUGGUACUUACCUAAAGGACAGUUGGAAUAUCCUGGAUGGCAUACUUGUACUUUUCUCAUGGAUUGACGUCAUCAUUACGUACAGCCCCGCCAAUGCACCGGAAGUACUUGGAGCUCUCAAAGUCUUCCGGGCGUUAAGGACUCUGAGACCUCUGAGGAUGAUUCGCCGAGCUCCAGGGCUUAAGCUGGUCGUUCAAACUCUGUUAUUCUCCUUGAAGCCGAUUGGAAACACUGUCCUAAUAGCUGCCAUUUUCUUCGUAAUGUUUGGAAUCUUAGGAGUCCAGAUUUUUAAGGGAAAGUUUUAUUAUUGCGAUGGAGACAGUGAGGUGAAGAACAGGGAAGAAUGCUCGGCAAGAAGGCAAGGGGUCUGGAAAAAUCGCAUGUACAACUUUGACAACCUACCAAAUGCACUGAUAUCCCUUUUUGUGUUUUCCACACGGGAUGGAUGGGUAGAAAUUAUGCACCAUGGUAUCGAUGCCGUUGGAUACGACCAACAGCCCAUCAAGAAUUACCGCGAAUGGAGACUAGCAUAUUUCAUUCCUUUCCUGAUGUUGGGAGGUUUUCUUGUUCUUAACAUGAUUGUGGGGGUCGUUGUGGAGAAUUUUCAGCGUUGUCGAGAAAGACUAGAGGACGAAGAAAAGCAGAGAGGACGAAAAAAAUUGCUCGAGAAGGCGAGAGAGAAGAGCCAAGAAGAAGUUGACCGAACAUAUUAUGAGAAUUACAGUCCUUGGCGACGUCAUAUUCAUGACAUGUGUCUUCAUCUGUACUGGGAUGUGGCCAUCGCCAUUGUGAUUUGUUUAAAUGUCCUCUGCAUGUCCCUCGAACAUUACCAGAUGUCCGAGGUGUUUGACACUUUUGUGAAUACCGCAAACUAUUUUUUCGCUUCCGUGUUUGUGUUAGAGGUGAUAUUUAAAUUUAUCGCCUUUGGAUUCGUGCGAUAUUUUAAGGAUCGGUGGAAUAUCAUUGAUUUAAUUAUUGUGCUUAUUACAUUGACCGGAAUACUUAUCUAUUCCUUGAGCACCAUAAAAGCCACGGUGCCGAUCAAUCCCACUGUUGCACGAUCUCUGAGAGUACUACGAAUUAUCCGAGUGCUCAAGCUCGUAAAACUAGCAAAGGGAGUCCGCUCGCUGCUGGACACCUUGUUCGAGGCUCUUCCUCAGGUCGCAAACCUUGGGCUGUUGUUCCUGCUUUUAUUUUUUAUCUAUGCCUGUUUAGGUAUCCAACUUUUUGGAACAUUAGAGUGCACUCCCUCAAAGCCUUGCCAAGGACUCGGUCCGCAUGCACACUUCAAGGAUUUUGGAACUGCAAUGCUGACUUUAUUUAGGAUAGCAACAGGAGAUAAUUGGAAUGGAAUAUUAGAGGACACUUUACGACUGAAUUAUUCCGAGUCUGCAGAAUGUGAAAAGUGCUGUUUUGUUAGCCAUUGCAUAGCGUCGCUGUUCUUUGUGACGUUCGUGCUGGUGGCGCAGUUUGUACUAAUCAACGUUGUCAUAGCUGUUCUUAUGAAGCAUCUGAAAGAAUCUAAGGAAAAGAUUGCGGCAAAUAUGGCCGCUAAGGACUUGGAGAAGAAAUUGAAACUUCUGACUACAACAGCGAAGAAUUUCAUCCUGGCUAAAGCUAAGAGAAAUGAUCUGUCUAUCUCAAGGCGACAUUCCGUAGUACAGCUCGGCUUAGGAGGAAUAGAACUGACUCAGCUCAAACAUUGUACCCCUACCAAAAAUAUUGAUUCGUCUUUUCGCGCAGAGUUUGCCAAGGCCGAUACAAUUUUCCAGGAAUUUUUGCUUUUACAUGAAAAUCUGCAAAAAGUGAAAAUGACGAUCUGCCGCACUGCGUCACACAACAUUGAGGUCACGCCAACUCCUGUCACGCCAUCUCUUCGUCAAAGACGAAAUAGUUUCUGCGGGGUUAGAGAGCUUCACGACUCAAAACCUAAUUUAGCGAAAUUUACUGUAUAUAAAUCUGGAGCCAAGCUUUAACCUAAUACUGGUCUGUAUUUGUAAUGAGGAAAGUGUUACACGCAGGAUAAACUAAAGUUCUUUAACCUUCUCUGUGUAUCACUGUCAAAAAUAAGUUAUUCAUUUUUCGAGGAAAAAAUAUUUAAUUCUUGUCAGGACAAAGAUUAAAUCGCCAAAAAGAUAUCUUAGGAAUGUAUAAUAGAAUUAUAAGGUGAAAAAAAUUUAAAACACGCUAUUUUUACAAAUUCUUAUGUAACUGAGAGUGUUUUAUUAUUAUAUGUACAUAAAUCGAUAGGCUGUGUAUAUAAUUGGAAUACACUUAAAUAAAGUGACAAGCAGGCUCUUCUGGUUAAGCAACCAGGCCUUUUGUUUUGUUUAGACUCCCUCGAGGAUGACGGGAAUUAGCGAAACAUAUCGUGGGCGUGGCUCAAAUGUCUUCGAUAUUCAACAAAUUUUGGCCUAUUUUCGUACAAAAAAAAAUUAUCUGAAAUAAUAAUGAUUCAUUCGAGCACACACCUACUCACCUUCAGUUUAAUGACCUGUUUUGAACUCUUGGCACUACCAUCGUUUUCGCUGUUUACAGUUUGGAAUAAUAAUUUAGGUUAAUUCUAUUUACAAGUAACACAUGC